AUGUUGCUUUACACGACGCGAUCAAAGAAUUCCGGUCCGGCAAUCGCAUCACCGUAUAAUAUAUCUGCACGUCGGGCUGUCGCGCGGCAUGUGAUUUGUGACACGGCGUGUUCUGCUGCAGUGUUAGAUACGUUGCCAAAUCUGAUAACUAAAAAAAAAAAAAAAAAAUCGAUCAGCGAAUGUAUAAGAUGUGGACCUGCUGUAACACGGUGCGGUGGUAGUGGUGGUAGUAGGGAGUUUGUCGGUGGAAAACAUGAAUAAAAGAAAACUUCUAUCGCCGUCGUCGCCGCCGCCUCCGUGACUAGUCACAGUCGAAGGAGUAUGGCAGUGGCUCUCCGACAAAUUUCUUUACGCUCAAUAUGUAUUUAUUCUUAGAUCGUCGUCGCCGACGUCGUUGCAAAAAGUUCAAAGGUCCCAACCAGAUACGCCGCAUGAAUAA